AAAAAUCCAUUUAACACUCACUCACUCACUUCUCCAUUUCACACUUCUCUCUCUUCCUCUCUCUCAGUCUCGCUUUCUAUCUUACCUGUCCCUUACUCAGAUCCAGGUUUGGUCACGAUCCCUGCCUGAUAGGCUUUGUAACAAGGGUUGUGAUCUGGUCUGGGUUUUCCUUAUUUUUGGUUGUGGCCUGUAGGAUGGUGUUCUAUACAAUUUGAUAAUUGAAAAUUUUGAGACAAUUUAAAUGGAAGAAAUACAGUCUCAAUCAGAUAAUUAUAGGUCAUCAUCUUCUUCGGCCAGCAGUCCUGCAAGCAGAGUGCCCUCUAGUAAUUUUUUCUACUUGCGAAAACCUGGUUCACUCAGACAACCCAUAUCAUUUGAGGACUCACCGGAAUGGGAGGACACAGAUAUUGAUGUCAGGGUGGAGGAAGGGGGUGACUCUAUUCAUAUUGCAACACCAGCCUCCCCAUCUCUCUCAAAGCUCAAUAGUGGGUCAUUGCCGUCCCCACCCUUACCAGAGAGUGCGAUUUUUGCAAGGAAAAUUGCGGGGGCUUCAAUUGUGUGGAAGGACUUGACUGUUACAAUAAAGGGGAAGAGGAAGUACUCUGAUAAGGUUGUAAAGAGUUCAAAUGGUUAUACAUUGCCCGGGACUAUGACAGUAAUCAUGGGUCCUGCCAAAUCAGGGAAAUCCACAUUAUUGAGGGCUCUUGCAGGACGCUUGCAUAACUCAGCCAAAAUGUAUGGUGAGGUGUUUGUUAAUGGGACAAAACGGCACUUGCCAUAUGGGUCCUAUGGAUUUGUUGAGAGAGAAACCACACUGAUUGGAUCACUCACUGUCCGAGAGUUUCUGUAUUACUCAGCACUGCUUCAGCUUCCUGGUUUCUUCUGUCAGAAGAAGAGUGUGGUAGAGGAUUCCAUCCAUGCGAUGUCUUUGGGUGAUUAUGCAAACAAACUGAUAGGUGGCCAUUGUUAUAUGAAGGGCCUUCCUAGUGGUGAGAGAAGGCGUGUGAGCAUUGCCAGGGAGCUUGUGAUGAGGCCUCAUAUCUUAUUCAUAGAUGAGCCUCUUUAUCAUCUUGAUAGUGUCUCAGCGCUUUUGAUGAUGGUUACAUUGAAGAAGCUUGCAAGCACAGGCUGCACUCUGAUUUUUACCAUUUAUCAAAGUAGCACAGAAGUAUUUGGCCUUUUUGACCGGAUUUGUCUGCUUUCAAAUGGGAAUACCCUUUUUUUUGGAGAAACAUUAGCCUGUUUGCAGCACUUCUCCAAUGCUGGAUUUCCUUGCCCAAUUAUGCAAAGCCCUUCAGAUCACUUUCUACGUGCAAUAAAUACGGAUUUUGACAGGAUCAUUGCAAUGUGCAAAAAUUGGCAGGAUGACCAUGGGGAUUUUUCAUCAGUGAAUAUGGACACAGCUGUUGCAAUACGUACUCUUGAAGCAACUUACAAAUCAUCAGUGGAUGCUGCAGCAGUUGAAAGUAUGAUUAUCAAACUCACUGACAAGGAAGGGCCACUUCUCAAAAGCAAGGGGAAGGCUAGCAGUGCUACGCGAAUUGCAGUUUUAACAUGGAGGUCAUUAUUAAUCAUGUCAAGGGAGUGGAAAUACUUCUGGCUUCGGCUUGUUCUUUGCAUGCUUUUUACACUUUGUGUUGGUACAGUAUUUUCCGGCUUGGGGCAUUCUCUGUCAUCUGUUGUGACUAGGGUUGCAGCCAUAUUUGUAUUUGUAUCAUUUACUUCACUUCUAAGCAUUGCUGGCGUACCUGCACAUUUGAAAGAAAUUAAGAUAUAUGCCUGUGAAGAAUCAAACCAGCAUUCAGGAGCAUUGGUUUUUCUGCUUGGACAGCUCCUCGCCAGCAUUCCAUUCCUGUUUCUCAUCUCCGUUUCUUCAAGUCUUAUCUUCUAUUUUCUUAUCGGGCUUCGUGAUGAAUUCAGCUUGUUGAUGUACUUUGUGCUGAAUUUCUUCACAUGUCUGUUAGUGAAUGAAGGGCUAACGCUGGUUGUUGCUUCUAUUUGGCAAGACGCUUUCUGGAGCAUCUUGACACUGGUUUGCAUACAUGUGUUAAUGAUGCUUUCAGCAGGAUACUUCAGACUUCGGAGUGCACUGCCUGGACCUGUUUGGACUUAUCCGUUAUCCUAUAUUGCUUUCCACACCUAUGCAAUUCAGGGGCUCUUGGAGAAUGAGUACAUUGGAACAUCAUUUGCAGUGGGGCAGGUAAGGAGCAUAUCUGGGUAUCAGGCUCUCCGUAGUGCAUACGACAUCUCUCCCAACAGUAACUCCAAAUGGGGGAAUUUACUGGUCUUGUUUCUUAUGGCGGUUGGGUAUCGUAUUCUUGUGUUUGUGUUGCUGCGUUUUCGUGUAAGAAAAAAUGUAUCCGCAUGUCGAUUUUUCCAGUGUAAUCAGAACACCAACGAUGCAAGAUGAAUGGAUGAAGUACUAUCAGUUUUGUUUGGCUUGUUUAAU